GAACUUUGGCGGGUUUUUCUCAGUCUGCAUGAAGUUUCAGUAGAGAGAACACCACUGGAGUUUGUUGUCAUUAAUAUUUUCCCCCUUUACAGUAAAAUGGCAGAAGCCAGAUUUUCUCAGGAUGAGUUCAAUUGUCCAGUGUGUCUGGAUCUCCUUGAGGAUCCAGUGACCAUCCAGUGCGGACACAGUUACUGUAAGAGCUGUAUUACAGGCUGCUGGGAUAAAGAGGAUCAGAUGAGAGUCUACAGCUGUCCUCAGUGCAGACAGACCUUCAGCCCAAGACCUGCUUUAGCUAGAAACACCAUGCUGGCUGAAGUGGUGAGGAAACUGAAGAAGAACAAACCUCCUGCUGACGCUGGAGCUGUGCAGUGUGACGUCUGUACUGGAGAAAAACACCUAGCCGUCAAGUCCUGUCUGGUGUGUCAGGAAUCUUACUGUCAAACUCAUUUUGACCGUCAUGAGGAAUUUCAUUCACGUAAGCCACACAAAUUGAUUGAUGCCACUGGACGACUGCAGGAGAUGAUCUGCCAGAAACAUGAGAAACAUCUGGAGAUGUACUGUAUUACUGACCAACAAUGCAUUUGUGAGCUAUGUACAAAAUAUGAACAUAAAGACCAUGACACUGUAUCAGCUGCAGCACAGAGGACAGAGAAUCAGAUUCAGCUGAAGGAGACACAGAAGACGUUCCAGCAGAGAAUCCAGCAGAGAGAGAAAGAUCUCCAGCAGCUGAGAGAGACUGUGGAGUCCCGUAAGCGCUCUGCACAGACAGCAGUGGAGGACAGUGAGAUCUUUACUAAAUGUUCCAUUGAGAGAAGCUGCUUUGACCUGAUACAGCUCCUGAUUCCUGAUAUCAGAGAUCAGGUAAAGAUUGCAGUGAGUCAAGCUGAAGAACGCCUGGAGAAAAUGGAGAAGAAAAUCAAUGAUCUGAGGAGGAGAGACGCUGAGCUGGAGCAGCUUUCACACACACAGGAUCACAUCCAGUUCCUGCAGAGUUUCCAGUCUCUCUCAGCUCCCCCUGAAUCUACAGAUGUACAUGACGAUCCUUUCAGAUCUGUCUUCUCUUUUAAUGACCUGAGAGAAUCUGUCCAUCAGCUGAGAGACAAACUGGAGGAUUCCUGUAAAGAGGAGCUGAAGAAGAUCUCAGACAGAGUCACAUUCCCCAACAUUGUUCCCAGGCCAAUGAAUGACUUCCUACAAUAUUCCCAUCAGCUCACUCUGGAUCUAAACACAGUGAAUAAACACCUCCGUCUGUCUGAGAACAACAGAGUGAUUGCUGGCACUAACACAGUCCAGUCUUAUCCAGAUCAUCCAGAAAGAUUUGAUUAUUGGUAUCAGGUGUUGUGUAGAGAGAGUGUGUGUGGGCGCUGUUACUGGGAGCUGGAGUGGAGUGGGAAUAAUGGUGUGUAUAUAUCAGUGUCAUAUAAGAGAAUCAGCAGAAAGGGUAAGAGUAAUGAUUGUUUGUUUGGAUGUAAUGAUCAGUCCUGGAGUUUCGACUGCUCUCCUUCCAGUUACUCAUUCUCACACAAUAACAUACGGACUGAUCUCCCUGUAAAGCCCACCAGCAGUAGAAUAGGAGUGUUUGUAGAUCACAGUGCAGGAACUCUGUCCUUCUACAGUGUCUCUGACACAAUGAGCCUCAUCCACACAGUCCAGACCACAUUCACUCAGCCGCUCUAUCCUGGGUUUGGUGUUUAUAAAGAAUCAUCAGUGAAACUGUGUUGAUGAAUCAGAAUAGAAUUGAAAAGAGAUUCUACUCAUAAUGCUUUGAGCUGAAUGGUAAAUCAAUAACAGUAAGAUGUUAUAGUCUUUUUUUUCUCUUCAUGACAUAAACACUGCAGUUGAACUUCUUUCACUGAAACAACAUGUCAGAAUAAAUAUCUGAUAAGUUCCCUUAUAUAGACAGUGUGAGUACUGCUGUUCUGUGGUCUUCUAAUUUUCCGUUUGUGUUGAUUGAAAUCAGGCAUUUAGUUUUUAAUGUAGACACAUCAGUUAUUUUUAUUUUUCCUAUCAAAAUUACCUAUCAAUUCAAAUGAUUACAGUCAAUAAAUGUUUUUCAUGAUUCACCUCAUAU